UCUCCAUUUUGUAUGUUUUUCCUGGAGGUUAACGCUUACUUUCCUAAUGGCUAGCUGCGAAUCACCAUAGCUCAGCCUGUUUAAGGCGGUUUGCAUGACAAUUUACAGCCAAGUCGCACUGGAAGACCUGAAACUCGUAAACACACACAGCUUGGCGAGUUUUUGACGUUUUAUGUAGCCAUGUAGGUAGGACACGACGCGUUGAGGAGACACGUUAACAAACAUUGAGUCAGUGUUGCGUGCGGUGGACUGCCACUUUCAACCAAAACAAUGUUGACAAACGACCUGUGGACACAUAUCAACAACCCGUCAUUUCAAGGAUGGAUAAAGGUGGAGUGAAGAAGAUAACAUACAGAAGAGAUGACCAUUUAAGCAAACUGGUCUACACUGAAAGCCCUGAGGAGGGAGGUCUGUUGAAAGUGGCUCCUCAAAGUGCCAUGUCCAUCACCUCUACCACUUCUGUCGUUCUUCCAUCCAGCCCAUUGAUGCAGCCAGGACAGGUACCUAACGGCCUCAGCAACAGCCCCCUUCCAGAGGAGCUCACCUCUGCUUCCGUCACUGCCAUCGUAGGCCCCUUGUUGGAAGACUCAGAGCCCAGAGGCCUGACCAAAGAUCAGAGGCCUCAACAGCAGCAGUUGCUCCAGACACAGACAUUAACUACGUUUGGGCGUCAAACCUUGGGGGACAGUUUGCCCCAGUUGGAGGCCAGUAUAGCAGACAUUACCCAGUCCUCCAUGGAUUCACUUAUUGGGGGAUCAGAUCCCAACUUCUUCCCCAUGAAAACAGAGGAUUUCUCCAUGGAUAAAGGUGACCAGGAUCCCAUUGACCUCGAUCAUGCCUUUGAUCACAUUGGGAAAGAUGUGGACGUGAACCAGAAGUUGUUCGGUGAUAACACUCUGGACCUGCUCCAAGACUUCGAGCUCACUGGGUCCCCAUCAGAUUUUUACGUAGGGGACGAUGCCUUCCUGUCCACUCUGGCAGAUGAUUCUUUGCUUGGGGACAUUGGUUCGGAGAGGGACAUUAAGCUUGCCGUGGUUGAGAGCAGUAACGGCAGUGGGGCAGUCUCUGUUGCUCUCAACGGCAGCAUUAUAACAAGUCCAGAUCAGUCCAGCUCUAGCAUAUCCAUAGCGUCCCCCCAAACCUCUACAACCACUUUGUCUGCAUUGGUGAAGAAAGAAAAAGAUGCUGGCUUCAUUCAGCUCUGCACCCAAGGUGUGAUUAAACAGGAGAAGACAUCUGCAGGCCAGAGUUAUUGCCAAAUGAGUGGCACGUCCUCCACAGGCAUGCCCAGCUCUAACCCCAUUUCAAUCUGUGGGGUCAGUACUUCAGGAGGACAAAGGUACCUCUUUGGAGUCAACCCCAGCAGCGGUGAAGCUCAGCAGGCUAAGGAUCAGAAGCCAGUUUCCAACCGGUAUCUCCCAGUGACAACCAUUAGUGGAGCCUGGAGCAGAGACCAAGGUGUUCAAAGUGCUGGGGACAACUCAGCAAUGCAGAGGGUCAAUGAGGCUUUCUCAAGCUCUCCCUCCUACCCCACCAACUUUGCCAGACAGGAAGGGGGCACCACUACAUCCUCAGCACAGGGAAAGAGUGGGACUCAUAAGAUCUGCCUGGUGUGCUCUGAUGAGGCUUCAGGCUGCCACUACGGCGUUCUCACCUGCGGCAGCUGCAAGGUCUUCUUCAAGAGAGCAGUGGAAGGGCAGCAUAAUUACCUGUGUGCUGGGAGGAAUGACUGCAUAAUAGACAAGAUCAGGAGGAAGAACUGCCCGGCUUGCCGCUUCCGCAAGUGUCUGAUGGCAGGCAUGAAUUUGGAAGCACGCAAAACCAAGAAGUUGAACCGCUUAAAGGGCAGCCAGCUGAGCAACCCGCCCGAGGUGACGACUCCUCCACCAGUUGAGGCCCGCUCCCUGGUACCCAAGUGCAUGCCUCAACUUGUCCCCACGAUGCUGUCCCUGCUGAAGGCCAUUGAGCCGGACACCAUCUACGCAGGCUACGACAGCACCCUGCCUGACACCUCCACCCGCCUCAUGACUACCCUGAACAGGCUGGGUGGCCGACAGGUCAUCUCUGCCGUCAAGUGGGCCAAGGCUCUGCCAGGUUUCAGGAACCUGCACCUGGAUGACCAGAUGACACUGCUGCAGUGCUCCUGGCUUUUCAUCAUGUCUUUCGGUCUGGGCUGGCGGUCUUACCAACAGUGCAAUGGCAACAUGCUCUGCUUCGCACCCGACCUCGUCAUCAACGAGGAGCGGAUGAAGCUGCCCUACAUGGCCGACCAGUGUGAGCAGAUGCUGAAGAUUUCCAGCGAGUUUGUCCGGCUGCAGGUUUCCCACGACGAGUAUUUGUGCAUGAAAGUCCUGCUGCUGCUCAGCACAGUGCCAAAGGACGGCCUGAAGAGCCAGGCAGUGUUCGAUGAGAUUCGGAUGUCGUACAUCAAGGAGCUGGGGAAGGCCAUCGUGAAGCGUGAGGAGAACUCCAGCCAGAACUGGCAGCGUUUCUAUCAGCUGACCAAGCUGCUCGACUCCAUGCAUGAGAUGGUUGGAGGACUGCUCAGCUUCUGCUUCUACACCUUUGUGAAUAAAUCCCUGAGCGUGGAGUUCCCAGAGAUGCUGGCGGAGAUCAUCAGCAACCAGUUACCGAAAUUCAAGGCCGGAAGUGUCAAACCUCUCCUCUUCCACCAGAGAUGACUGUGCCCCGUAACAGACAGAAUGCCUUAAAAAUCCCACCACAUCACCUCCCACCCCCAACC